GAUGGCAAGUCAGAGACAAUACUGAAAUAUAUAAUGUUUUAUUGUAUCUUCAUAACAGAUGGACGCAUUACCCGGCCCCGAGCUUCACUUGUUGAGGUGUAGGAAGAGCAUUGGCAAGAAUACAACAACAAAACCAACAGCAUCCAAGAAGCAUACGAACAAAGAGGACAUCGAUCACUGGAGGAAGCGAGUGGAGAAGGCCUCGGAGUUCGCCCUGUCCGAGGUCUUCUUCCCCAGGAGAGCUCAGACGGGAAGCAAGAGCCUGGCCGUGGCCCUACGGAGCUGGGAGCAGCUAAGGGAUCACGAUGACGCCUACGCCGAAGCUAAGGCCCUGUUGGGAGACUGGAUGGACAAGACGUGGAAGCCUGAGCUGGUGACACAUGGCCUGACGCAUGAUAAGGGGAGCCCAGCCACGCCGCCACCCCCUGGCUUCAACUACAACAACUUCAAUGAUCUGUACGACCACCUGGCCCAGGAAGAGGAGAACCGUGCCGUCAACAACUUCCUGCAAGACCUGAAGGAGCAGGAAGUGUUGGAUGGAGGAAUGAUGGAGAAGCUGACAUCGGACGGCAGAGAAAGUAACAGGACCUUCACAGACCCUGUCAUCACAAUGGAGGUGCGCCACCAGCAGGUGCGUGAGAACAGGGCCCUCUGCACAGAGGAGGCCAAGAAGAGGCGAGACCAAGAGCAAGAGGAGAGGAAGAGGCAGGGGUCCAUUAGGAGGCAGCAGGAGAGGGUGCAGCAGGAGAUUGUCAAGAUGCGGAGGCAGAGGGAGGAGAGGAAAGGCCUGGAACAGUGGCUCAGACACAGGGAAAGACUGGAACGUCAACGAGCGGCCAAAAGCCUCCAGCCAGCUCCUUCAUCACCUACCAUGCAGCAGCAGCCGCCAGAAGAGAACAUGCAACGGCAUGAAGAAAAGAAAGUUGAAAUCUUUGUUCACCUGCAUAACCUGAAGUGUCUCCAGAGGCGUUUCUCACAUUGGUACUCGGUGGUGAUGGAGAGGAGGCUGCGUACGGGUAAGGCCAAGGCGCUAUGCGACUGGAGGAGGCAGCUCCGGGCCUGGCGAGCAUGGCGUGCCGUCAUGUGGGUGGGACGAAAUCAGCGGGAGGUGUCGAGGACAGAGGAGGAGCUCCGCACUGAAAACAGACAACGGCAGCUGGCCGAGGAAAACGACCGGAAGCGGUUGCUACGGCGAUGCCUGCACGAGUGGCAGCUGUGGUGCCGGCAGGAGCGCGACCAACACGAGCUUCUGGCCCAGCAGCAGGAGACCCGCCGCAAGAUGGCCGCCUUGAUCAGCGCAGCCGCGUCAGGCCACUUCAAACCCCCGGAGAUGCUGACCAGUGACCCGCCUGAGAGCACUGGGAAGUCUUUUUGUUGUGACGUGCUGGAUGAUCCCCAGAAGCCCAUCAAUACACGCCAUCGUAAAACCCCUGGGGCUACUCGGGCUCAAUCCAGCACCCGCGAGGAAGCGUUAACCACUGCGGAGGCCCAGCUCAGAGACGACGACGCAGACAAGGCCGAAUACGACGGCGACUUAACCGGCCCAAAGACAAAGAACUUGCACGGAAGCCGCUUCGAAAACCGCCACGCCGUGCAGAAGAAGAUCAUCAUGCAGCAGAAGAGACAGCUCAAGGAGCAACAGGAGGAGAUCGCAAAGCUCAAGCGGGAGAAGGUCAUGUCCGCCUGGGAGCAGGAGGCGCUUAAGAAUGCAGCCUCCAUACAGACGUCACAGCCAAGAGCGCCAACGGAACCGGUUGAAUCCGACGGCCCCGGCGCAUCCCACCGGCAAAACCCAACUCCGCAGACAUGCCCAAUCAUCUCAGCCAUGGAGGAGCGAGCCCGCGUCCGUGCUGAGCGGAAGAAGCAAAAUGAGGAACUCAAGAGGGUGAAGGAAGAAGAAAAACAGGCCGAGAUCAGGGCUGCCGAAGAGCAGAAGCUGAGGGAGGAGGAGGUGGAGAAAGCCCUGAAGUGGGAGGAGAGAAUGCUGGCCAGGAUGAAGAAAGAGGAGAAACUGAGGCAAAUGAAACAACAGCAGCAACUGCUGGAUCGGGCCCGUCACCACGACGACAGAAAAGUGCUACGUCAUCGAGGCCUGGCGCCAUGGAAACGCCUAAUAGAGCUCAAGCAGGCCAACGCAGAGCUAGCCGAGAGUCAUCACUCGGACUCCCUCCUGAGGCGAUGCGCUCUGCGAUGGCGCCAGUCCGCCAGAGAAGCUCUGUCUGAGAAGGAAACCCGUGCUGACCGACUGCAUCAGCGACUCCUACUCAGGAGGAGCUUAAACUGCUGGAAAAGACUGGAAGACCUGCGGUUACUUCAGGAGGAACAAGCAGAUAGCUUCUGUCGCGCCCACACGCUCAGGAGGUUCCUACGCGCUCUGCUGGACCACGUGACCCAGGAGAAGAGGCUAGCGCUGGAACAUCAGGAGAUGGCCGAGGGGCACGACAACAGAGCGGUGCAACGACGAUGCUUCCUUGCCUGGAGGCUCCUUCCGCGUCUGCAGCGCAAGGAAAGGGAGCGCGAGGAGCGGCGGGAGAGGCUUUGCAGGAAGGUGACGGAGGUGUUGCCUACUUUCUGGUUACGUCCUCUGUGAAAAGCCCAGCAGCGGAGGAACUCACAAACGUCUCAGUAACACAGCAAGUCGUCAAUCAUUUAUUGAGAAAUAAAUAACGUACACACAGUUAAAGCCAUACAAUGUCAAGGAGUCCAAGUCCAAUGUUACAUCAACCAUUGAAAAACAAAAAGAGGUCUUCAGUUGUUGGUUUUUUUUUUGUCAAAACUGACAUUCUUUCCAACAUUGUCCUUAUUUUCUAAAAUAAUAAGACAUCGAUCUCAAUUACAAAAUAAGGCAAGAGUUGUAUCGCAAUAGCCUAAAGUUGUUUGCAGUUUCCCCGUGUUUGUAUUAGUUGUGUGUGUUACCAGCUUGUUACGAGUAGUGCUGUCAUUUUGUUUGUUUAGGUUGGUGUUCCGUUUAUUGACCACCCUGUUCCUUUCCUCACUGUGGUAGUGAUAGCAGUUUUCUCAAAGAUGCUCUAUCGCUAGACUCAG